UCGGAUCAAGAGAGGGAGAGAGGACUGGAUAGAAUAAGGGUCAGUUCGGGGAUUGUCCUGAAAAGGAGAGGAGCUAUUCCUGCCCGUGUGUGUGAGAGGAAUGAGCAUUUGUUUUGUGUUUCUUUUUUGUGCUGGUGCAAAAGGGACGUAAUUAUUCCCAAGCAGCACCAUGAGCAGAACCACGUUCUUUGAGGUGGAGGUCCUUGAUGCCACGACUAAGGAGCAGCUUUGUUUUUUAGAUAAGGUGGAUCCUCACUCUACAAUAGGAGAUAUUAAGAGUCUGUUUUACAAAUCAUAUCCUCAGUGGUACCCAGCAAGACAGGCACUAAGACUUGAUACCAGGGGAAAGUCGCUCAGAGACGAUGAGAUCUUACAGAACCUACCAGUGGGAACCACUGCCACCAUGUACUUCAAAGAUCUCGGGCCACAGUUAGGUUGGACUACAGUCUUUUUUGCUGAGUACGUCGGAGCCCUGCUCACGUAUCUCGUCUUCUUUUUUCGAGUGCCAUACAUCUACCCUCACGCAUACGCCCUUACCUCCAGUCCCCAUCCUGUUGUUACACUGGCCUGUGUCUGCCACACAUUCCACUACGUGAAGAGGCUGAUGGAGACCAUUUUUGUGCAUCGUUUCUCCCAUGGGACAAUGCCACUCAGGACAACAGUCAAAAACUGUGCCUAUUACUGGAGUUUCUCUGCCUGGUUAGCCUACUACAUUAACCAUCCUCUAUAUACACCUCCAUCAUAUGGAGAACCUCAAGUCAAGUAUGCACUAUUGACAUUCGCGAUGUGCGAAGUGGGCAACCUCUCCAUCCAUAUGAGUCUGAGUGACCUAAGAGCAGACGGGUUCAGAGUGAGAAGGUUUCCCACGCCAACCAAGAACCCCUUCACGUGGUUGUUUUUCUUUGUUUCCUGUCCAAAUUAUACUUAUGAGGUUGGAGCUUGGCUGAGCUUCACAGUCAUGACCCAGUGUCUUCCAGUGGCAAUAUACACUGUGUUCGGGUUCAUUCAGAUGACGAUCUGGGCCAAAGUGAAGCACAGAGCCUACAUACGAGAGUUCAAAGACUACCCGAGUGUCCGGAUGGCCAUUAUCCCCCUGAUUCUUUGAUAAUUGCUUUUGCGUGUGCUAUUGUUUUCUUGAAUCCAAUACUAUGCAAUUUUAAUACUGAUGGGCUUAAAAGACGCAAUGAUUUAGAAGCACGCUACAGCUGAGCCUUCGAAACCUCCUGGGGACAUUUUCUUUUCUUUUCAGUUUCAGCACACACAGACAAAAGUUUUUUAGUAGUGACAUAAGUGCAGCGUUUCACUAUGCAGCUUUAGUUUCUGUGCUUAAAAAAAUUAAGCCGUUUAGAACUUUAGCUCAUAAUACAGAAUGAACGUUCGUAAAAACAAAACAGCACACAGUUUAUUACUGCAUUUCUGCUUGACAAAGAAUUAAUUUUAGUAUAUUCAUAUUAAACACAGGCUUAGACACGGUCUUAAAUGAUUUCUAUGAAUCCAAAUAUGUCCAACUGAAGUCCUGAAGGGGUCAGCGUGCUGCGUGUUUCAUUCUAUCUUAUCCACGUUUGGACAUCACGUUCGUGUCUAAUGCAAAUAAUUCCUGAAUGCUAAUGGCAAGAAGGGUAGAAACAAUAUUUAGAAUGCUCUCCAUAGAUCAUAAGUUGGAAAAAUCAAUACACAUGGCUUAAUUCUUUUACACUUGUUUCAGCCAAUGAGUGUGCAUGAGUGUGCUCUCAUGCACACUCAGAUCCAGCAGCUGAUUUAGCUCCUUAUGAUGCCAUCAAUUUAGGUGGGAACAUACCAGAGAAACUUUUAUAUCAUUUCUGGUGAUUUGAACCAGAGAAACACCCGCUUGCAGGACUUUGGUCCCUCAGGACUGAUGUUCCAACUCCACCAUGUUAACGAAGUCCAAGUAAAUGUUCCGCUUUUUCUGUGCUUCAUUUUCACUUGUUGCAACAUUUUAUUUAUCUGACUGGCUUGUUCAGAAAAGCUUG